GCGCCUGCAGCACCUCAGCCAAGGCAGCCCUGGGCCUGUGGCCAACCGAGCAACAAAGGGCUCCUUCCUGCUGCUCCAGCAUGAAGAGCACCCGGAGCUGCUGCUCCGUCCAGAGCUCUGACGUGGCAGAGCUGAUCCUGACGGGGCUCCCGGCGCCGGUGUCGCGGCGCCCCGGCAGCGCCUCCCCUGCCAAGCUCAUGGCACGGUCUGUGUCCGUGGCUGCUGAUGGCAAAGCCAAGAGGAACGCCCCGGAAGAUGCAGGAUCCCGGGCCAUGAACAACCUGCGCAGGUCCAACAGCACCACCCAGGUGAACCAGCGGGUGAACAGCUCACACAGCUCGGAGCAGACAGGAGACUUCCUGGCCUUCUUUGAGGGUGACCCAAUAGGAAGGAAGAAACUGGCAGCUCUGAGCAAAACCUCCCCAGAAAAGAAAACCACAUGGAAUAUCUUGGAUGACCAGCCCCGAGUGUUCCCAGGCCCCUCUGGCUCCCACAGCCUCGAGCCACCCACGGGCAUGAGGAGGAAGGAAGCCACAGUGCUCCUGGCUGCCAACUUCACUGCUAACAACAGGAGCAACAAGGGCGCAAUGGGCAACUGCGUCACCACCAUGGUGCACAACAACUACUCCACUGCUGAGAAGGGCCCUGCUCCCAAGAGUUCCAACCAGGCUCCCAGUUCCCUCAACAAUGUUGUCAAAGCGGCCUCGAACGAGGAUGGGGAAGGCAGCAGCAGCCUCGUGAAGUCUCAGAAGAAUUUCUCCAGCAAUAACAUCAUGACCCACAACAACAACAACAGCAGCAGCAGCAGCAGUGUUCCCCGGAGGAGGGAGGUGACCGAGGAGGAGGCUGAGAGGUUCAUCCAGCAGGUGAACAUGGCUGCUGUCACCAUCCAGCGCUGGUACCGGCGCCACUCACAGCGGCACAGGACGGCGGCUGCGGCUCUGGGACGCCUGAUGGCUGCCAAGAGGGAGGAAAGGCAGCAGCGGAUGGAGGAGGGGAAUAUCCUGGAUUUGCAGGAGAGGAAGGAGGAGGAGCGCCGGAAGAUCCGAGAGGAGAAGGCGCGCCUGGCCCGGCACGCUGCCAUCCAGGAGCUGCAGCAGAAAAGGGCCCAGAAGGCCUCGGAGACGAAGCGCUCGGCAGAGGAGCAGGUACUGGUGAAGGAGAGCAGGAGGGUGCCCAAGAAGAAGCCUGGUGCUAAACCUGCCUCAGCCAGGAAUGCCAGCCCAGCCAGCAGCCUCACCAAAGCCAACAACACCGAGGCCAAUUCCCCCUCAGCAGCCUCGGAGCUGGAAGGAAGCAGCCUGGGAGCUCUUGGCUCCGUGCCCUUGCAGGACCCCAGGGCAGAGGACAAACUGCAGGAUGUGAGCUCCAGGGAGACGGGUAAUGAGGACUUGGAGACAGCAGUGGCUGCUGGCAGCAGGGCUCCAUCCAAGGUCACACUCAACGAGCUGCUGGACACGCUCCGGCUGCUGGAGGAGGAGCCAGAGCUGCUGCCCCCUCCCAAGCUCCUCAGGAAGGACAGAUAUGCCUGGAUGGACAGGCAGGAGCCCAGCUCCAACUCCCUGACUGCUGAUAACUUGGAGAAGUUUGGGAAGCUGAACCACCCUCCAGGGGUCCCUGAGGACGGGGCUCUGCUCUCAGAGGCCAAGCUCCAAAGCAUCAUCAGUUUCCUGGAUGAGAUGGAGAAGUCAGAGCAGGAGAGGCCCAGGUCAGCUGCCUCAGCCACGCAGCGGGAGAGCUUCCUGUUGGAAGAGGAGCUGGCUCACGUGGAGCAGGUGUCAGCGGUUGCCACGGAAGUGACAAGCUCCAUGAUGAGGCUGAAGCUGGAAGUGGAGGAGAAGAAGAGAGCCAUCAGCCUGCUGCAGACUGCUCUGACCCAGCAGCGGGAGCUGACCGACCGCCACGUCAAACAGACCGAGAAGGAGCUCAGCCAGCAGCUCAGGCUGCAGAGGGAGCAGUAUGAGGCAGCUAUCCAGAGGCACCUGGCCUUCAUUGACCAGCUCCUCGAUGACAAGAAGGUGCUGAGUGAGAAGUGUGAGGCCGUGGUGGCAGAGCUGAAACAAGUGGACCACAAGUAUGGCCAGAAGAUCAACCAGAUGCAGGAGCAGCACGAGUUGGUCUGGCGCACUUUGGGCCCCUUUUGUGAGGAGAUUAAGAAACUGAAGGAACUCAUGAGCGCAACUGAGAAAGUCCGGCGGGAGAAGUGGAUUGAGGAGAAAACCAAAAAGAUCAAAGAAAUCACCGUGAAAGGGCUGGAGCCGGAGAUCCAGAAGCUGCUGGCCAAGCACCGUGAGGACAUCCGGCAGCUGAAGCUGCUGCACGAGGCCGAGCUGCUGCAGUCGGACGAGCGGGCGGCGCUGCGCUACGGGCGGCAGGCGCAGGAGCUGCGGGGGCUGCUGGAGAGGGAGAAGGAGGAGCAGAACCAGCGGGAGCGGGAGCGGGCCCGCCAGAGGUGUGAGCAGCAGCUGGAGCAGGAGGAGCAGGCACUGGAGCUGCAGCGGCGCCGCCUCUAUGCCGAGGUGGCCGAGGAGAAGGAGCGGCUGAGCCAGCAGGCAGCCAGGCAGCGAGCAGAGGCAGAGGAGCUGCGGCGGCAGCUGGAGGCCAACAGCUCCGCCCUCACCCGGGCACUGCGGGACGAGUACGCCAAGGAGAAGGAGGAGCAGGAGAGGCGGCACCAGGCAGAACUGAAGGUGCUGAAGGACCAGCUGGAGCUGGAGAAGCAGGCCUGGGAGGCCAACUACAUGAAGAAGGAGGAAGCCUGGCUGCUGUCCCGGGAGCGGGAGCUGCGGGAGGAGAUGAGGAAGGAGAGGGACAAAGAGAUCGAGCUGGUGAUCCAGCGCCUGGAGGCUGACACGUCCUUGGCCAAGGAGGAGUGCGAGAGGGCAGCGGAGAGCAGGAUCAAGAGGAUCCGGGACAAGUACGAGGUGGAGCUGCAGGAGCUGGAGCACUCGGAGAGGAAGCUGCAGGAGCGCUGCAACGAGCUCAAGGGGCGGCUGGCCGAGCUGGAGGGGGAGAGCACCCGGCUGCAGGGGCUGCUGAAGCACAAGGAGCAGGAGCUGGAGGAGAUGCGCAAGGAAUUUGCAGACAGGCUGGUGGGGAUGGAGGAGGAGAACGCGCGGCUGAAGGCAGAGAUGGCGGAGCUGAGGGCCCGGCAGCACCUGGAGCUGGACAGGCUGGUGAGGGAGAAGGACCAGGAGCUGGAGGAGGUGCACAGGAGGGUGAAGGCAGCGGUGCUGAGGAAGGAGGAGAGCAUGAGCAGCCUGCGGAAGCAGUACGAGGCGGCCGUGCAGAGAGCCAGCCUGCUGGAAUCGCUGCUGCAGCGGCAGCGGGAGCUGGCAGCCGAGUGACAGCGACAUCCUGCGGGCGGCGAGCGGGGCUGGGCCGGGCUCGGGCCCUCCCCUCCUUCCUCCCCUCCUUCCUCCCCUCUUCUCCACAGCCUGGUCCCAGUGCCCUGGCCGUGCUGGGACACUUGGUGGCCUUUAGAUGCUUGGGAGUUUUGUUCUGAUAAUAAAUCUCUGCUGGUUUCUACA